GCGCGCGCUUUUCCCAGAAACACCCGCCUGGCCACGUGACCUCUUCGGCAGCACCUGCAGCCUCUCGGGCCCCGCCCCGGCCCGGCCACAUAAAAACGCCGGCCCCCCGCUUCCCCGCGAGACGAAACUUCCCGCCCCAGCGGCUCUGGCACCCAGGGUCCGGCCUGCACCUACCCUCCUGGCCUGGACGCUGGUCCGACACCUGCGACUUCAUGUGUGCGCGCUGGCCACACCGGCAGCCACACCUGUAGCCCCCCAGCCCUCGGUCCACACCUGUGACCCCGACCCCCGUGACACCUGGCCCCCACACGGCCUGGCUUCUGCAGUGACCCGAGCGUUGCCGUCCCGUUGUGACACCUGACCGCCGUCUAGCCCCGCAGAGGGAGCGAUGGCCUUGGCUUCGCAGAGGGCAGCCCCACGCGUGCUGUUCGGAGAGUGGCUCCUUGGGGAGGUCAGCAGCGGCCGCUACGAGGGGCUGCGGUGGCUGGACGAGGCACGCACCCGCUUCCGCGUGCCCUGGAAGCACUUCGGGCGCAAGGACCUGAGCGAGGCGGACGCGCGCAUCUUCAAGGCCUGGGCCGUGGCUCGCGGCAGGUGGCCGCCCAGCAGCAGCGGAGGUGACCAGCCGCCCUGCGAGGCUGCGGAGCGCGCCGGCUGGAAAACCAACUUCCGCUGCGCCCUGCACAGCACGCGUCGCUUCGUGAUGCUACGGGACAACUCGGGGGACCCUGCGGACCCCCACAAGGUGUACACGCUCAGCCAGGAGCUGGGCUGCCGAGAAGGCCCAGGCACGGACCGGACAGAGGCAGAGGCCCCCAUGGCUGACCCACCCUCCCAGGCUGGGACCCCAGGGCCAUUCCUAGCACAAGGAGAUGCUGAAGUCCAAGUCCCAAGCCUCCUCCCUGCCCCAGCCGGGGACCAGCAGGACCUCCUGCUUCAGGCGAUGUGGCAGAGCUGCCUGGGGGACAAUCUGCUGACAGCAUCAUGGGGGGCAGAUCCAGGCCCAGCCAAGGCUCCUGGAGAGGGACUGAACGCGCUUUCCCCGACUGGGGGCUAUGCUAGAGACUCAGGGCUCCCUGCUGGGGAGCUGUACAAAUGGGCAGCAGAGGGGACCCCAAGCCCCAGGACCCAGCCCCCGGCCCUAAUGGCAGGCGAGGCCACGGCCCCAGAGCCCCUGCACCAGGCAGAGCCAUACCUGGCCCGCUCCCCAGGUGCCUGCACUGUGGUGGGAGAGCCCGGCCCAGGGGUGCUGGACGUGACCAUCACCUACAAGGGCCGCACGGUCCUGCAGCAGGUAGUGGAGCGCCCGAGCUGUGUGUUCCUGUAUGGCCCCCAGGGCCCAGCCAUCUGGGCCACAGACCCUCAGCCGGUGGCAUUCCCCAGCCCUGCUGAGCUUCCGGACCAGAAGCAGCUGCGCUACACGGAAGAGCUGCUGCGGCAUGUGGCCCCCGGGCUGCAGCUGGAGCUUCGGGGGCCGCAGCUGUGGGCUCGGCGCAUGGGCAAGUGCAAGGUAUACUGGGAGGUUGGCGGCCCCCCAGGCUCCGCCAGCCCCUCCACCCCAGCCUGCCUGCUGCCUCGCAACUGUGACACCCCCAUCUUCGACUUCAGAGUCUUCUUCCAAGAGCUGGUGGAAUUUAGGGCACGGCGCCGCUGCAACUCCCCACACUGCACCAUCUACCUGGGCUUCGGCCAGGACUUGUCAGCCGGGAGACCCAAGGAGAAGAGCCUGGUCCUGGUGAAGCUGGAGCCCUGGCUGUGCCGAGUGUACCUGGAGGGCACGCAGCGCGAGGGGGUGUCGUCCCUGGACAGCAGCAGCCUGAGCCUCUGCCUGUCCAGCGCCAACAGCCUCUACGAUGUCAUCGAGGGCUUCCUUAUGGAGCUGGAGCAGCCUGCCUAGAGCUGGCCGUGGCCACCCAGUCUAAUAAAAAGAGCCCCAGAACA